UUAAUUAAAUGGUUUGUUUCCGUUUGAAACAUAUAUAUGAAAACAAUUUAUAUACAAAAUGUCAACCAAUUUAUUGAAUCUAUUUUUGAAAUGCAAAUUCAUUUCUACGGAUUAAAGCAUUAGAAAAAAGUUUUUUUUAGAAAUCAUAUGAGUUAUGAUUCAUAUGUUUAUUAUUUUUAAUGAUUUGUGUUUCAAAUUUCAGUCCUAUCUGUGAGACCGCGGAACCACUAAAACAGGAGUCAAGUCAUGGAUGCAAUCGAAGACAGCCCGUCCUCUUACCUAAGUUUUGUCGACUAUUUAAUAGUCUUCAGUCUCUUAGGUUUGGGCUCUUAUUACUGGCUUUUCAUACGAAAUAAGAGCAAAAAGUCUGAAUUCGACACCUCAUCCAUCAAAACAUUUUCCAUUGAACCGACGCUCACGAGAAGUGUCUCGGAAUCGGGUUUUAUUAGUAAAAUGAAGUCUGGGGGCCGAAAUGUGGUCGUGUUUUAUGGCUCCCAAACGGGAACCGCCGAAGAGUUUGCCGCCCGUCUGGCCAAAGAGGCCACGCGUUAUGGUAUGAAA